UAACAACCCAUCUUACGCUUUGCUGCUCAGUGCCACUUAAUAUUUGCAAUAUUCAAUCCUAAACACCCACUUUAUCUAUAAAUGAAACCGUUGCGCACUCACGUUUUCAUUUAGAACUUUAAUUAGCUAAUUUCUUAUCUGUUCCAUCUCACUUAAUUGGCGGAAUAAAUAAUAUAUUUCACAAGCACUAAUUUUGGUGUUGGAUGAAUACUGCUCCAAAUCAUACGUAGCAGCUGCAAUUAAAAAAAAAAAGAGAGAGAGAAAGAGAUGAAUAUGAGAACAAGAUGCUAAUAUUAUAAAAGAAGAGAAAGUCCUAUCAAGUCCAUCAACGUGGAAUGAGUAAUUAACCAUUUCAUUCUUCAUCAACUCAAGAGAACAGUCCAUGAUUUUGGAUUAAUUUCGGUGAAAGGAACGCUUAUCUCAUUUUCUUAAACAUGCGCUAAUUUCAGGUUCAGUCCAUCAUGAGAGUAAUUAUAACAUCUUCUCUGGUGAUGUCUGAAAUUUCAGAAUGGAUUAAGAUCCAGAAUGGUUUUAGCCUAAACUUGAUUUUUAUUUCUCCUUUAUAUUCUUAUAUUCUUUCUUUUUGUCCUUUUAUGACGUAUAACUACCAUUAUAUAUAUAUAUUCUUUUAUUAUAUUUACACUGAUAGUAUGUAUGUACGUGUUCAUCUGGCGUCAUUUGGAGUUAAAAUUCCACGGAUAGACUAAUCUGUAGUCAUUUGGAGUUAAAAUUCCACGGAUAGACUAAUCUGUCUAGACAGAUUUUGAACUAAUACGAGACUUAGAGCUGCAUAUUGAAUCCUUAUUGAGUUCAGACUUAGUUGUUCUCGUUUAGGCUGUUCAUACUCAAGUUUUUAAUAAAUUAAAGAUGUAUUUAUGUGCUAAUUUCUUACCACUUAUUCUAUUUGGUGUGUAAAAUCUAUCUGCAAUUUCACUAUAUACCUUUGAAUUCACCUGUAAAGAAAAAAAACAAAAAACAAAAAACAAAUGCACUGAUGUAAAUAUAGAGGAAAAUAGCCAUCUUUAUGUCAAUGCAACUUGAUUCAGCUUCUUUCCACUUCAGGUAUAUGCUUGCAAAACCCUUUGCAGAGGAGGCUGCUUGGAAAUUUGCAAAAGAGAAAUUCAAUUGACAUGAUUACUUUGGGUCUCCCCUUACAGCUAACUCUCAAUUCCACUUUGGUGAACGCAAGUACAGGGGCAAUGGGGCCCCACAAGUCUUGAAUCUUCCACUACCACCGUUGGAUUGGAAUGGACCGAGUCCAAGAUUUGUGUAAUCAGACAUGCAGCUCAGAGGACCAACGAACUAACCUUUUGUAGAGUUUUUGUUCUAACAAGUCCACUUUUAUUUAUAUCCGUCACAUGAUGGAGCGGUUUAACAAACACUUGCUACAAUUCUCUCAAUAAAAUGCCUUGAUAAUUAACGCAAGAAUGCAUGCGCUCUCUUCUCUGUUAGUGAUGGGAAAUUAUCUCACAAACCCGUCGUCGAAGGCGACUGGAAGAGUAAUUCUGUCGGAUGGUAGAGUUCAUGAAUUUGAGAAACCACUGACUGUGGCUGAGCUGAUGCUCGAGUACCCACAACAAGUUGUGGUGGAGUUCCGGCCUGAUUUGUCUGAAAAGAGGCCAAUUCCAUUGCCAGCUGAUAACAAACUAGACAUGAAGAAGGUGUAUGUAAUGUUGCCCAUGAAGAGGGGGAAGCCUGCGUCAUUAUCUUCAGAGCAAGCUAGGCAUGUUGUUUCAGUUUUAGGAUCGCGAUCUCUUUUGUCUUCGUCGAGGUUUCUGCCUUUGUUUGCUAGAAUUUGCCCUGCUGGAGGUAUUGAAGAGGGACAGACGACGACCAAGUUUGUUUCAGAAAGGAAGGAAAAUGAUUCGGAGUUAAUGUUGGCGGAGAUGUUGGAGAAUAGACCACCGGAGUAUUUGAGCAGGCAACUUUCAGGGAAAGGGUGGAAACCUAGCUUGGAUACCAUUAAAGAAAAGAAGGUAGAGAAAAAGAUACCUCACUGGUUGUUUAAUUUCCAAGCUUAAUUGAAUAAUUAGAUAGGCUAUAUUGUGUGAAUUGAGGGGUUUGUUAUCCUGUCGAUUUUCUGUCGCAAUUCGCAAUCCCAUGUGAAAUUAUAUCUGAUCAGUCAGUUGGAUAAUUAAGAAAUCUAUCUAAUAGUUUGAUUUUCUUAUU